CCUGAAUCCUGGUAUAAUAGUUCUCUAGGGUUUCUGAGCCACCCUCUUUUAAGCAGAGGCGGGCGUCAAGGUUUAGUCUUUAGCCGAAGAGAAGCGGAGAGCUUUCGUUUCCUGGUCUCGCCGUCGCUCUCUCUCUCUCUCUCAGCAACCAUGGGUAUCUCACGUGACUCGAUGCACAAGAGGCGUGCCACUGGAGGCAAGAAGAAGGCUUGGAGGAAGAAGAGAAAGUAUGAGCUCGGUCGUCAGCCUGCAAACACUAAGCUUUCAAGCAACAAGACUGUGAGGCGAAUCCGUGUCCGAGGAGGUAAUGUGAAGUGGAGGGCUCUCAGGUUGGACACCGGAAACUUUUCAUGGGGUAGUGAAGCUGUUACUCGUAAAACACGUCUUCUGGAUGUGGUUUACAAUGCCUCAAACAAUGAACUUGUUAGAACACAAACCCUCGUCAAAGGUGCAAUUGUCCAAGUUGAUGCAGCCCCUUUUAGGCAAUGGUACCUUCAGCACUACAAUGUUGAGGUUGGGAAAAAGAAAAAGAUUGCUGCUGCUAAGAAGGAUACUUCAGAGGAGGCAGAAGCAGCUCCUGUGGAGGAGGCAAAGAAGAGUAAUCAUCUAACCAGAAAGAUUGAGAAGCGUGUGCAAGUUCGUACACUGGACUCCCACAUUGAAGAGCAGUUUGGGGGUGGUAGAUUGUUGGCCUGCAUAUCUUCCCGUCCUGGACAAUGUGGAAGAGCUGAUGGGUACAUCUUGGAAGGUAAGGAGCUUGAGUUCUACAUGAAGAAGCUCCAGAGGAAGAAGGGGAAGGGUGCUGCCGCCACUGCCUAAGCAGUUCAUUCACCAGGCUUUAUCUUUUUGACCAUUUUGUGAAACCUAUCGCUAGCUGGGUCCUUUGUUAUUUAUAUGUUAUUGUGCUAGACAUCUAGUCAUAGUAAUUUAUUGCUCAAUUUAGUGUAGAGUUUGGAUUUUAAUAGAAGUCUGUUCGGACUUCUUCCUGUCACUCCAAACUUCCUUAAACAAUGUAGAAGUAUUAUGGUCAAUUGGAGUUUUCAGAGUCACUAUUUUUAUGAGUUAA